UCAUAAUUAAGUAAAUUAAAAAAUAUAUAUAUUUUCUUUUAUGAACUACCAGAAAUCCAGAAAACACCUUAGCGUCACGUUCACCGGGUAUCUCUCCAUGGUUUUGAUUCCGUUUAUAGGUUGCCUAUUUCAAUCUGCAUUUUUGGUAGACAGUUUAAAGAAGAUGCAAGGUGGGAGAGGAAGAGGGAGAGGGAGAGGAAGAGGAAGAGACGAUCCUUUCUCUUUCUCUGGUUUUGGGGGUAUGCCAUUUCCUAGCCUAUUUGGGUCUGGGGGAAGAGACCCAUUUGAUGACCCUUUCUUCACACAACCAUUUGGUGGAAAUGGAAUGUUUCAGCCAAGUCCUUUCAUUGGUGUACCCCCAUUUGGGUCAAGCUUAUUCCCUCCAAAUGGAACAAGUCCUUUCAUGGAUGCACAUGCACACACUCCUACACUUUAUGACCACAUGCCAAACACUUCCAGGGGUCCAAUCAUUGAAGAACUCAACUCUGAUGAUGAAAAAGAGGAACCAGAAGGUCAGUUGAGUGUGAUGCAUGAUGUGCGCUCACGUCCACUAGCUCAUAGCUUUUCCUUUCAAAGCUCCAGUGUUACAUAUGGAGGUUCUAAUGGAGCAUAUUAUACUUCAUCUACCAUUAGAAGGGCUGGAAGUGAUGGUGUGAGAUUUGAAGAAUAUAAAGAAGCUGACUCAGUGAGUGGUGAGGCAGCUCAUAGAAUUUCAAGAGGAAUCCAUGAUAAGGGUCACACUGUUUCAAGGCAUCUAAAAUCAGAUGGACAGGUGGAUACAAUGCAAACAUUGCAUAACAUCAACGAAGAUGAACUUAAUGGGUUUGAAGAGGCGUGGAAAGGAAGGGGUGGUUGGGUACUGCCUUCAAGUUCAAGUGGGAGAAGACGAUUGGGUGCAGAUGGUGCUUUUAUUCACCGUGAUCGUGUUGAUCGGUACUGGAUGGUUGUUUUCUGAAACCAUUCUUGCAAGAGAAGGGGAAGAAAGUUCUAAUGAUUGUAAUACCGUGGCUUUUAUAGUAAUUGGGGAAACAGGGCUAUUCAUUCAGAAUUUGGUAACAUGGAACCAAUUGUUCUUGUUUGUAGUCCUAUCUGUUGUCGCGUAAUUCUUUAUCCUAUCUUCUUCUGGUCGAAUUGUUUAUUGAAGGAGACCUCAAAGAUAGAUGGAAAAACUGCUAUGAAUUUGGACUUUUUUUAAGCAGUUUUAUUUGUUUGUGAUUAGAUAUUUUUUUUAUGCAUAUACAAC